AUGUAUAGCAAAUCAGCUGAUAAGUCAUCUGUCAGACAUGAUGCUAUGAAGUCAUUCCGAGAAUAGUGGCAAAUGCAAAAACGUAUUAUAUUAACUGGGAGCGGAGUUUCUGCGGAAUCUGGUAUUCCUACAUUCCGGGGUGCGGGUGGAUUUGGAGAAAAUAUCAAGCUCAAAAAUCUGGCAACCCCAGAAGCCUUUGACGCGAAUCCUUCUUUAGUUUAGUUUAUGGAAUAUCGGAGGACGGUAGCUAGUGAAGCCAAACCCAACAAGGCUCACGAAGCAAUAGCAACUUUUCACCGUAGUUUAAAAGCUGUUAAAAAUGUUACUAUUGUAACACAAAACAUUGAUGAAACUUCAUCAACGAGCUGGAAGCGCAAGACGUAAUAAGAGCUUCAUGGUUCACAUUUUAAAACCCGUUGUACAGUUUGCCACGAGGUUUCUGCAAAUAAAAAUAUCCCAAUAUGUCCUGCAUUAGAAGGGAAAGGGAUCUCCGACCAAAGAUCAUGGUAUCUGAUAGUCCAAAAAAAAGAUUUACCAAGAUGUCCAAAAACAAAUUGUAAAGGUUUGUUAAGACCACAUAUUGUAUGGUUCGGUGAAAAUUUAAAUGAAGAUGUACUUAAACAGGCCUUUAAUGCUGUUGAGAAUUGUGACGUUUGCCUAGUUAUCGGUACAUCAUCUAUUGUAUAUCCUGCAGCAAUGUUUGCGCCUCCAGCGAAUCGCGGCAUUCCCGUUGCUGAUUUAAUUUAGAAUGACUCCUGCUUCAGACAUUUCGAGUAGUUUAACUUUUGAGACAUUCAUAAUAUUUCAUAGAUAAAAUAGUAAUAUAGUCCAUAUAAAAAAAAAAAAUCUGAUCACUUUAAAAGUUCUUACAGGUAGCACGUUCAUAUAAUAUUUAAAACAUUUUGUUUUAUAAUACAUACCGAACUUGCAUGCAAAGUAUUUAUUCAUAAUCAUCAACGUUUUAUCUUUUUCUUGUUUAGCUGAAACAAAAUAAUAGUU